AUGGAGGUAACAACAUCCAAGAGAAUGGGGUCGAUGAUGCUCGUGGCGGCUCUAAUACUGUGGACGACCAUCGGCGCCAACGCUGCAUCCAGGUCAUGCAAGCUGACUUGUGCAUUGUUGUGUGCUGACGACCCCUUGCCAUUUGUGUGCAUUCCCAAUUGCCUCAAGACGUGCUCCAAUGGGUCUUUGACGUCCUCGGCAUUAGAGCACUGCGAUGUCGGUUGCUUCUUCUCUACUUGCCUUGACUACCAUUCAGACACCAAGAAAGUUGGAGUGGACAUGAAGAAGGUUAGAGCUUGUGUGGAUUCAUGCUCUCAGGGUUGCCAGAAGACCUAUCCAUUGAACUAA